AAAAAAAAAAAAAAAAAAAAGCCAACUUUUUUGGGACCAGUGGCUCAGCCCCCGUGACGAUAUCCACCCUCUGCCGCCUCGCCGCUCAAUUACAGCGGCAAACCCACGCAGCGGACCGGCCGUGCCCUUCACAGCCAAGCUUUCAGCUCGGAUGCCGGGUGAAGGAAUUCCCGUUUUUCCCCAGGCACCAGAGGGGCUUCGGCAGCGCGGAGUCAGGGCCACCCCGAAGGGUAAAGGACGCCGUCGGCAGUACUUUGCUGGAACAGUCUGGAAGUUUGCUCCUCUCCCCAAAAGCGCUCGCCACCCCAGGGCCAUCCCCCACUUCACAUGGGUGCUCUGGGGCGCUCCGCUCCGGCCUUCGCGAAGCUCCGCGCCCCGGGCAGGGAGCGCCCAGGUCGGUCCCGCGGAGCCGUGGAAGCGCGGCGCCGGCGGGGCCGCACUCGCCCGCCCGUCCGGGAGCGCCCGCCGCAGCCUCGGUGAGAAGGUUCCACCUCGAGGGCGCUGUCCGCAACUGCACCCGCGGCGCGGGGCCCCGCCGGCCCAGGCACGGCUCGGCUCGGCUCGGCACGGCUCGGCUCGGCUCGGCUCGGCACGGCUCAGCUCCAGGUCCCUAGAGCAGGAGAGGGCUCCACACUCCACGGUCUGGCCGGUUCGUAAGACUCCUGAUACUAAGCAGGAGGCGGCCAGGAGCCAAAGCACAGUGAGCAGGGGCAAUGUCCUCCACAAGAGACCCAGUCUCACAGCAGCCAAACAGCGGAGCAGAGCAGGUCUGGUGGUGGCAACCAGGGUCAACACAUCCCCACGACUGCUAGACAAGUCAUGGUGGUGAGGACUUAGACUGUACAACAGAGCUGUCUUGGACCAAACCGACAAGAUAAUCUUCUUGGAUGAAGCCAAAAUGCAAACAGCACUCCAGCUCCAUUAGACACCCAGAGCUCAGAACCAGACUAGCUCUGGUUCCAGGUGACACCCCUGGACCAGGGACAACGUGGACACGGGGUCCUUAGUGCCCUCCCAAGGAUCUGUUCCUACCGUGCUAAGUGACUUGUUCUACAUGUCUUUUCUCCCACUUUCUGGUGCAGUGUUUUUGCUUCAGAUCAAAAAACAUUCAUUGAGCCAAAGAGCGUGUUCAAGAAUGAGCCCAGAUAGACACUGAUGAGAGCGAUAUUCAGCUUUUUGCUCAAGCAGCUCAAGAGGCUGUAGCAAAAUUUCCCAAACUCCCCGCUGCUUGUGAUAUUAUCCCUUCAGCAGUCUAGUUGCAGAAAUGUUCUAUAAGCAUUGAGAAAACAACAAAGAUUUUCACCAGUUUCAGGCCAGGAGAUGUAUUUUAUCGGAAAUGACUAUGUAUUGAGGUGUUCCAAACAUCUCUUUUCAUUAUUUUUGCUUCACAGGGAAAUUUAAAAGCUUGUAAUCAUUCUCAAACAGGAAAUAAAGGGAUGUUUUAAAAUACCAGCAAUUUUCAUAAAAAUCAAGUUUCUGCCAGUUCUGUCAGGAACCAGUUUUGUGCAGAUAGAUCCACAUAAGCACUGUUGCUAACUGCUGGAUGAGAGCCCAUGGAAGCAAUGGCUGCAAGUCAAUAGUUCCACUCCCUUCUGCUAGUUCUAUUUCUUAAUAACAGGGGGAAAAAUCAUAUAAACACCCCAUAACAGUUUAUAAAAACACUGGUUUGUUGAUUAUCAGAAAGAAACAUUAGUAAUCAUAUUAUUUCAAUGACAUAUCGAUGGAUCUACAAGUCAAAGACUUAAAAACUACCUUUCCUUCCUGCAGUUGUACUAUAUGAGAAGUGGAAACUGUACUCACUAAGGUCUGGAAGCUAAACUUCUACAAAAUUAACAUUACAAUAUGCUAUGCACAUACUUAUUUUAAAAUGCAAAAUUAUUUGAUUAAAUGAGUAUGUUAAGGUACCAUUAUUACUGAUAAGUUUUAAAACAUUAACACAGACUCUUGUUUUAAACUUCAAACACAUGAAGCAAUGGGUAAGUAUAAAAUCCAGUAGCUUUAGCACACACUGAAUGAGCUCAUACUUAUUAUGGAAUAAUACUGGUUUUACAAGGUCUAGGCAGUAUGUGUUAGUUAAAACAGUGGUUUUCAGGCUCAGGUUUGCAGGUCACAGGUAAAGAACAUGCUAAACCACUAAGCUGAAGGCUGCAUGGUGCAUCAUGACCUUUGACAAAUUUUGAAGACUGACAGUGGUCCUUUAGAAAUUCUGGGAACCAAGAUUCACGUGCCGUAUUGUCUUAGGCAUAUAACGGUUCACACAGGCAUAUAACAGUAACCCUAAACUUUUUUUAUAGACCAGGAAGAGAAAUAGGGGCAAUCAAUUCAUCCUCAAACAGAUGUCUUAAAAAGGUUUGGCAAACUGACUUGCCAAUGUGGUAGUCUCUCUCCAUUGACCACAGAGGGAGUCUCAGGGAACUGACACAGGUGGGCACUGGUUUGUUUUUUUAUUUUUUCCUAAAAAAAAAAAAAAAGAUGACUAAAUCAGAGGUCUUUGCACCUGUUCCAAACACAGAUUUCCUGGUGGGAGGGUCUGGAGGGGUUUGCCCUUUCCCGGCUGCCCUCAAUGUUCCUCUCUACAGCCUCCAUGCAGACAGCUCGGAUGCUCCUGCUCUGAGCCCUGGUUCCCUGGUUCCUCCACCACUUCUUGUGAAAGGGCUGAACCUUGCCCAGGGGCUUUGGAAAUGGAGAGGGGAGGACAGUCUCACAGCUUUAUACUGCCAACCAGGACCACGCAUGGGACAUGCUCUUCUUCUCAGAGUGGGAGCACAGUCCCACAAGAGGAUGGUGGCAGUCAUUGGGGCUGCCUCUGGAUGAGUGGGCUGUGUUUCUCCCUUGAUUACAUAGCCAGAAGUACUUGUGUCACCACAAGCACCUUACCUGGCCAUUUCCACCUAAAUCCAGCCUCUCUGCCUCAUCUUAGACCAAUGUCAGCACAGAUGUGUUUGUAGUCACACAGUUGCAAUAGAGGAGCUCUGCAGCCUCAUGUAUCCUGGAAAUACAAACACACAAGUUAAUCACAAACAAGGUUUUACCCUGAAUAGGCACUAGAGUUUUUCUUCCUGUGGUCCCAUGUGGGCCAUGUAAACCUCUCUCUUCACACAGCACCUUCCAGAGAGGAACCUGAAAUUAAAGUGAGCUGAUCUUGGUGUUAAACACAUCCAGGUUUUCCAGAAAUCUUCUGCUUUUUGUCCACAGGUGCAGAUUUCCAGAAGGGGGUCCAUUUGCAUCCAGGUUUCUCGGUGCAAUACAGAUACAUCCCAUUAAUUAGGUAUUGUAUAAACAGGAUUUUAGUGUUUAACACUCAUAAUUGCAGUCUUGCAGAGGAACAGUUGACUCAAACACACUUCAUCAGGAUUCUGAAAUGCUUCUGCUUCUGAGCCACAAUAUUUAAAGUUGUCAUAUCAGCCAUGAAAAGAGUUUAAUUGAAUGAAAGGAAGUUAAAAUUAAAACAUAUAGACAUUUGUUAAAAUAAAAAGUAAUUUAUUCUGAUAUUUGCCAGUUAAAAUACACUUUUACAAUUAAAUUUAAGAUCUCUAGAGAAGCUAAUUGAGUUAAUUUGGAUAUUUUUUAAAGCUUUUUCUCAGUGGAGUCAAUUUUGAUUUAGGGAUUAAAUGAACAGUUAAUAAAGACAUUCAGAUUUUUUUCCCCUCAUGCUUUUGCUGUCUGCUUUAGUUUUUUUUUCUUAAUAACCACCCCUUCAAAAUAACACUUCCUUCAAUGAGUAUUUAGAGAACAGGUGACUUACUGAAAACUUAAAAUAAGCCCUAGGUUAUUACAUUUGCAUUCAUUAACACUCUUGCUUUCAGAAACAGCUUUGCUAAAAGAGCAUAUUUUAAUACGCUGGUACUACUUGCUUACAUAAAGGCUAAACAGUUUUACCUUUUUUUUUUUGGUAAUUUAAAAUUGUGCAGUCCUCAGCAGCUAUUGAUGGCACACUUGGUACCAACAACACUACUAC